GUGUGUUGACGGCUGAUUUGACCGAAGGUGGUGACGUCACUGGCACACAGCAGCCCUCGCAGCCGAGCUGCACAGCGCUUCAGAACUGCAGAAGCCGAAAGCACUGGUCAGAGAGGAAAAAGAGGCUCCGCUGAAGAAAUCACAGUCAAUACUGUUUCUUUGGAAAUAAGAUGCGCCUAUCACGUCUAGUGCGUCUAAAUUUGAAGAAACCAGCCAGUGACAGUUUGGGAAACUUUUAAGAAAAAAAAAAGACAACGCAGUUUAUUUUCUUUGUCAGUUCUGGAAGUACUGUCCAAGUGAGGAUUGUGGCAUACUGUCUCAAAAGGUUGACAUAAUGGAAGAACAGUGCUACUACAACGAAACAAUCGCCUUCUUUUACAACCGCAGUGGGAAAUACCUAGCCACAGAAUGGAAUGCAGUCAGCAAACUUGUGAUGGGACUGGGCAUCACUGUGUGUAUCUUUAUCAUGCUGGCCAACUUACUGGUAAUGGUGGCCAUCUAUGUAAACCGGCGCUUCCAUUUCCCUAUUUAUUAUCUUAUGGCCAACCUGGCGGCUGCGGACUUCUUCGCUGGAUUGGCCUACUUUUACCUGAUGUUCAACACAGGUCCAAACACCAGGAGGUUGACUGUAAGCACAUGGCUCCUGCGCCAGGGUCUCAUUGACACUAGCCUCACUGCAUCGGUAGCGAACUUGCUGGCCAUUGCCAUUGAGAGGCACAUCACAGUCUUCCGCAUGCAGCUGCAUACCCGCAUGAGCAACCACCGGGUUGUAAUCGUGAUUGUAGUCAUCUGGACCAUGUCUAUCGUCAUGGGUGCCAUACCUAGUGUGGGCUGGAACUGCAUCUGUAGCAUCUCUUCCUGCUCUAACAUGGCACCGCUGUACAGCAACUCCUACCUGGUCUUCUGGGCCAUCUUCAACCUGGUCACCUUUGUGGUUAUGGUGGUCUUAUAUGCCCACAUAUUUGUCUACGUGCGCCAGAGAACCAUGAGGAUGUCACGUCACAGCUCCGGGCCACGCCGCAACCGGGACACCAUGAUGAGCCUUUUGAAGACUGUGGUGAUUGUGCUGGGCGCCUUUAUCGUCUGUUGGACCCCUGGUUUGGUUUUGCUGCUGCUGGAUGUGUUCUGUGCUAAAUGCAACAUUCUGGAUUAUGAGAAGUUCUUCCUCCUCCUUGCCGAGUUCAACUCCGCUAUGAACCCCAUUAUCUACUCCUAUAGGGACAAGGAGAUGAGUGCCACCUUUAAACAGAUCCUGUGCUGCCAACGGCAGGAAAAGAUGAAUGGGACAGCUGAAGGCUCAGACCGAUCAGCCUCAUCUGUCAACCAUACCAUUUUGGCAGGAGUGCAGAGCAAUGAUCACUCUGUUGUGUAAACAGAGCCCAGUUCAAGACAGAGAGGGCAUAUCAACAUUGAACAACUUUCAAGACACUGUUUAUCAAGGGGAAACUCCACAUGUUUUAAGACAUUCCAUGAAAUGCCUAAGAAGAACUAAAACGUUCACCCAGGCUUUGGAGGCCCCUGAUAGUUGAAAGUCUCCUUUUUCCAUAAUGUCUUACCUUCUGCAGCUUGGCUUAAGAACUGCAGUAUUCAAAGACAGUAAUUGCCUACCCUUCUCAUAUACAGCACCUGUUAUUGCCUAACACCAAUUGGUAUCCAACUUCCUUUUAAACUUAUACCAGCUAACCUGCAUUUACAUGUAGAAUUUAUAUGCCUAUUAAAUAAAUAAAAUUAAAUUAAAUAAGAACACAUCAUGUAAUAAACAUUUAUAUCUACACCAUCAGCAUGUUUGUGAUGGAUACUUCCUGAAUAGUAUACAUUAUCUUUUUGUUUGUUUUUAGCUACACUGCCAAAACCGCUAAAGAUAUAUUUUUCUAUUAAGCGAAGAUAACAAGAUGACAAGAUGUAAUUUGUGUUUGUCUUUGUUUAAACGUGUGUAUGAAAUUAAUUGUGUUUUGUACUUUAUAUAUAACUCUAUAUGUCAUGAUGUUUAACAAAAAAGGGAAAUUUUUGUACAUAAAAAAGAGAUAAAAAAAAAAAAAAACAGGACUGUAUACAUAUUUGUUUAGGUUACGUAAUUAAACAGGAAACUGUUUUCUCAUAUUUUUAUGCAAUUUUUCCAAUCAAAAGGAGCCUAAUGGCAACACUAAUAGGAAUGUGGUUUCUUCUAAACGUACUGAAUCCUAA